CCCGCCCGCCCGCCCUGACUCACCCAGCCCGUCCCGCGAACUCUGCGGGAGUCCCGGCCGCUCCGCUCCCAGGGACACAGGAGUUGGAACAAGCGUCCGGCCCGUGAGGCGGGAUGAUUCCAGUGGCGGAGUUCAAGCAGUUCGCGGAGCAGCAGCCCGCCUUCAAGGUGCUCAAACCUUGGUGGGACGUGCUGGCCGAGUACCUCACCGUGGCUAUGCUCAUGAUCGGGGUCUUCGGCUGCACCCUCCAGGUGACACAGGACAAGAUCAUCUGUCUGCCCAGUCAUGAACCCCGGGAGAACUCAUCAGAGGCCCCGUGCCAGCAACUGCUGCCGCGGGGGGUCUCCGAGCACAUGGGGGACCUCCGGGAGUUGAGCGGCCUCAGGAACAACCUGGACCUGCAGCAAUACAGCUUCAUUAACCAGCUGUGCUACGAGACGGCCCUCCACUGGUACGCCAAGUACUUCCCCUACCUAGUCGUCAUCCACACGCUCAUCUUCAUGGUCUGCACCAGCUUCUGGUUCAAGUUCCCCAGCACCAGCUCCAAGAUCGAGCACUUCAUCUCCAUCCUGGGCAAGUGUUUCGACUCUCCGUGGACCACGCGGGCCCUAUCCGAGGUCUCCGGGGAGAACCACAAGAACCCUGCCGCCGCCAGGCGGGCAAUGGUGACCAUGGCAGCAGCGGCGGCAGGACCGGGGAAGGCAGGUGAGGGUGAGAAGGAGAAGGUGCUGGCAGAGCCCGAGAAGGUGGUGACGGAGCCACCGGCUGUCACCCUGCUGGACAAAAAGGAAGGUGAGCAGGCCAAAGCCCUGUUUGAGAAGGUCAAGAAAUUCCGCAUGCACGUGGAAGAGGGGGACAUCCUGUACACCAUGUACAUCCGGCAGACGGUGCUCAAGGUCUGCAAGUUCUUGGCCAUCCUGGUCUACAACCUUGUCUACGUGGGGAAGAUCAGCUUCCUGGUGGCCUGUAGGGUGGAGACCUCGGAGGUCACGGGCUAUGUCAGCUUCUGCUGCAACCACACCAAGGCCCACCUCUUCUCCAAGCUGGCUUUCUGCUACAUCUCCUUCGUGUGCGUCUACGGGAUCACCUGCUUCUACACACUCUGCUGGCUCUUCCACCGGCCCCUCAAGGAGUACUCCUUCCGAUCUGUGCGGGAAGAGACGGGCAUGGGCGACAUCCCCGACGUCAAGAACGACUUCGCCUUCAUGCUGCACCUCAUCGACCAGUACGACUCACUCUACUCCAAGCGCUUCGCUGUCUUCCUCUCCGAGGUCAGCGAGAGCCGCCUGAAGCAGCUCAACCUCAACCACGAGUGGACGACCGAGAAGCUGCGGCAGAAGCUGCAGCGCAAUGCCUGGGGCCGGCUCGAGCUGGCCCUCUGCAUGCUCCCGGGGCUGCCCGACACGGUCUUCGAGCUCAGCGAGGUGGAGGCACUGCGGCUGGAGGCCAUCUGUGACAUCACCUUCCCCCCAGGCCUCGCACAGCUGGUGCACCUGCAGGAGCUCAGCCUGCUCCACUCGCCGGCCAGGCUGCCCUUCUCCUUGCAGAUCUUCCUGCGGGACCACCUGAAGGUCAUCCGGGUCAAGUGCGAGGAGCUCCGAGAGGUGCCCCUCUGGGUGUUCGGGCUGCGCGGCCUGGAGGAGCUGCACCUGGAGGGGCUCUUCCCCCCGGACCUGGCCCGGGCGGCGACCCUCGAGAGCCUCCGGGAGCUGAAGCAGCUGAAGGUGCUGUCGCUGCAGAGCAACGCCGGCAAGGUGCCCGCCAGCGUGACCGACGUGGCCAGUCACCUGCAGCGGCUCAGCCUGCACAACGACGGGGCCCGCCUGCUGGCACUGAACAGCCUCAAGAAGCUGGUGGUGCUUCGGGAGCUGGAGCUGGUGGCCUGCGGGCUGGAGCGCAUCCCCCAUGCCAUCUUCAGCCUGGGCGCACUGCAGGAACUGGACCUCAAGGACAACCACCUGCGGUCCAUCGAGGAGAUCCUCAGCUUCCAGCACUGCCGCAAGCUGGUCACACUCCGGCUGUGGCACAACCAGAUCGCCUACGUCCCCGAGCACGUACGGAAGCUCCGGGGCCUUGAGCAGCUCUAUCUCAGCCACAACAAGCUGGAGACACUGCCCACCCAGCUCGGCAUGUGCUCUGGCCUCCGCCUGCUGGAUGUCUCCCAUAACGGGCUGCACUCCCUGCCGGCCGAGCUGGGCCUCCUCCAGAACCUGCAGCACCUGGCUCUCUCCUACAACGCCCUGGAGCUUCUGCCCGACGAGCUCUUCUUCUGCCGCAAGCUGCGGACGCUGCUCCUUGGCUACAACCAGCUGAGCCAGCUUUCGCCCCAGGUGGGGGCCCUCAGGGCCCUCAGCCGCCUGGAGCUCAAGGGCAACCGGCUGGAGGCGCUGCCGGAAGAACUCGGCAACUGUGGGGGGCUGAAGAAGUCGGGGCUCCUGGUGGAGGACACCCUUUACAAAGGGCUGCCGGCAGAGGUGCGGGACAGGAUGGAGGUGGAGUGAAGCCAGGGAGGGGCAGGUUGCGGUAGAGGCCUUCCGGAUGCUACCAUCCUGGAAUCUCUACCGUUAGCUUCAAGGGAGGGGGCCAAGUGAGCCCAGGCCAGGAGAGGAGGAGCAGACGUGGCAGGCUGGUGGAGCCCAGGCAAGAUCCUGGGAUUGGUUUGUCUGGGAGGCUGUGGAUCUGGGGUGGAACAUCCCGGAGGGAUUAACUCAGUCAUAAGACUCUCAGAGCAAAACCACACCUGUGUCUUUGGCUAGCUGGCCCGCCCCCAGCCCUGGGCCAGAGCUGCUGCUGCCCCCAACCCACUCCGAACAUUCUGGCUCAAUCAAUGCCACGUAUGGGGGUGGGGCUCAUCCCAAUGGGAUUUCAACCCUCUCUCCCUGACCAAAACAGCUUACAUCUGGGGUUCUCUCCCAAGGAGGGGACACAGACGCAACGGACAAGCUCCCCCCUCCUCCACCCCCAACUUGGAUGUUAAUCCCCUAUUUAUAAGUUGUUUGCUAUAGACACCUGAACUCAGAAAAAUGGUUUUCAUAUUUGACUAGGCAUCAAAAUCAACAACACCAAAACAAAACAUCCCAGGCCCCACCCCUGAAAGACUGACUCAGGAGGUUCAGCUGGAGGCCAGGAACUUGCCGGUAAAUAUAAGCAUCCCAGGUAAUUCUGACACAGACGGUCCCAGGCCUGUGUGUUGGGAAAUGCUGACCUGCAGAGUAGAUAUCUGGGUGUCUAGAGGAGGGAUUCUCCUCCCUCUAGAGGAGAGAUUCUUUUUUUUAUAUCCCUAGAUGCUUUGAGAAAUCUGAUGAAAGCUGGGCACCUCCUUCUUCAGGAAAAUGCUCACGUACACAUACAUGAAAAGUUCUGCAAACAACUUGAGGCAAUCAACAGAUUCCCCCAGAUCCCCUAGAGGGCUGUUUAUGGACAUCCUAAGGAUCGGGGACCCCAGGUUAAGAACACCUGCUGUGGCGGGUACAUUUUUCUGAAAACAGGCUGGGACUUUGUCUUUCAAAUGUUCCCUGUGCGAGGGAGUGUAUAUCAGUGGGUGCUUAAUAAAUGAUACUAACUAUGAGAACUAUAAUCCUGGUCCCUUGUGUCCACUCCUGUCAUAGUCUAAGCCUUCGAUUCCACCAGACCAAGUACAGGCAAGUGGCGACAGUCACAUUCCAGAAUCAA